AAAAAGAGGGUCCACAGUGUGUCUGGCUCACAUAAGCAUUUCUACCUCUGGACGGGAUACAUCAUCAAGACUGGCAUAAAGGCGAACCCGGGAUUUUAAAUUGGCUGGAUACUAUUAAUAUCACCAUGCCUGUGCCACACACUGACGUACCCAAGAAAGAGCAACAGGAGCUGUGUUCGGACACAGAUGGAGUAUGUUUGAACCUGGGGAAGAAGAUCAGUGUUCCUCGGGAUCUGAUGAUGGAGGAGCUCAAUCUGCUGUCCAACAGAGGAUCUAUAAUGUUCCACGAGAGACUCAAAAGAGUGGAGAGGUUCACCUUGGAGAAUAUAGCACAGAGACACCUCAAUCACUUAGAGGAAACACUUCAAGGCCAGAAUGCCAUGCAAGGAGAGAAAGGAAGUGAUUGCUUCACCUCUGAAAUCUACAUCAACCAGCCUGGAAAGAACAGCCUUGUCACCACACUAAAGCACACGGUUUCAAAGAAAGGAAACCCAAGUGUGCUUGCACCUGGUUAUGGGGGGCCUCUGAAAGAGGUUCCUCCAGAAAAGUUCAAUGUCACUGUGAUCCCCAAGGCUUACCAGUCACCCUGGGAGGAAAAACCCAUUGACAAUGAGACGCUGUUGGCUAACAUCAGUACUCAUCUGCCUGAGCCACCUUACAAACUCACCCCUGCCAACUACAAAUGCUUCAACAGAGCUCCUACACCGUUUGGUGGUACAGCAGGUACUGUGAGGGCUCUGCCGCUACCUGGCUUUGAGAUGCUGCAGGCUCACACAGAGCCACACCUGACCUGGGACAGGAUGUGCCAUCGGCCCAAUUUCAAUCGUACUCCACAGGGCUGGAGCAUCCAGUACACUGCAGAGUCUCCCGAUCUGUGAAGCUGGCAUACGCAACUAUUUUGCCAAACUACAAUUGAAGACAGGAUUUCUGAGGGAUGCCUAAAUUGCUACUGUGAAUUGUGAGCUGAGCCAUUGUGAGCCAUCAAAUACCAAUUUAAAAAGUUUACAUACAUGUUUACACAAUUGUUCACACAAUAUUUCAAAAUGUGAAGCUUCUUUAAUGUAACCACAAACUAGCCACCUGUACAUUUAAAAAAAAAAGCCUUAAAACCAAUUCGGGACAACACACUUCAUACUUUACAGAAAAAGGGGAAGAGAUGGACACUAGCACAAACUGUAAUAUGAAUCCUGGAAUAUUCUAGAGGUGUAGGACAAUAAAGUGUCAAACAAAUAAAGACUUCAGGUGGAUGAAAGAGUCAA